AUGGUGGCUCCAGAGAAUGCGAGGGACGGGUUCGAACCAUUGACAGUUGGGAGUAUCAUCCCGAAUGCUGUAAUUCUGAGAAUCAUACGAUCUGAUGUGGCCAACUUUAAGGCAGGCGACAACGUCAUUGGCAUGGCACCUAUUCAGGAGUACGUGACAAUCGAAGCUGGUCCUGCGACUCACUUUUCGAAGGUCGAGAAUCCGUACAAGCUGGAUCUUAAGCUCUUCCUAGGAGCUCUGGGUAUGCCAGGAUUGACAGCUUAUUCUGCCCUGUACGAGAUUGGACAGCCUAAAAGCGGCGAAACAAUUUUCAUAUCAGCAGCAAGUGGUGCAGUUGGACAACUUGUUGGACAGCUUGCAAAGCGCGAAGGACUCAAAGUCAUUGGCAGUGUUGGAAGUGAUGAGAAGUUGCAAAUUUUGACCAAGGUUUUCAAAUUUGACGGAGGCUUCAAUUAUCGCAAAGGUGAUAUACGCAGCCAGCUCAAGCGACUUGCGCCUGACGGUAUUGACAGUAAGUCGGAGACACACAGAAAUUAA